GCUCCGUCACUUCAUUCGCGCACCACGCGUCACGCGGAGGACACGCGUCCGAAUACGUUAACGUGUAUCAGUGCGCGCCAACUGUUACGUAUCCCGAGAAAUCCGUGCGUUGUGACUGUCCAGUUUUAAUCUUGGUGGUGUAAAAAUAAAGUCGGCGACAGACGGCGGCGUUCCGAGUUAUAUUUAAAUGAUAGAGCGGAAUCGGGACUGGGCUCGCUGCAAAACACCGACGACAUGAGGCUGAGUCGGGGCCUGCGGUGCGAGUGCGCCGGCGCGCGAGCGUGCCCCGACGGCUCGUCCAACGGCACGUGCGUCACGCAGGUCGGGGGCUACUGCUUCGUCGCCGUCGAGGAGGUGCUCGACGAGAGCGGCAGCGUGGUGCUGGACCGGACCGCCGGGUGUCUCUCCGCUGACGAGUCGGGCUUGAUGCAAUGCAAAAGUUCACAAGUGCCACAUCAGCACCCGAAAGUAAUCGAGUGCUGUUACGACGAAGACCUGUGCAACCUUCGGCUCCAUCCUCAGCUAUCUGAACCGUCACCGGACGUGACGGAGUCCCCGGGGGUGCGGCCCCCGAUCACGAGCAGUCCCACCUUAUUGGUCGCGAUCGCUCUCUGCGUGGCUCUCAUCGCUUUCCUGGCAGCUUUUUUGUUGUUAUUCAGACGACGGAGGCGCGGCUGCAAGAGGCCGCCGUCUCCACCAGCGCCGCCGAUAUGUUCCGAAAUAUCUUCAGGGUCGGGCUCUGGCUUGCCGCUACUCGUCCAAAGGACUGUUGCCAAACAAAUACAGAUGGUGGAGUCCAUCGGGAAAGGGCGUUACGGGGAGGUGUGGCUCGCAAGAUGGCGCGGUGAGAAAGUAGCCGUCAAAGUAUUCUUCACGACCGAGGAAGCGUCCUGGUUCAGAGAAACCGAGAUUUACCAGACGGUGUUGAUGCGACACGAUAACAUUCUUGGAUUCAUCGCUGCCGACAUCAAGGGCACGGGCUCCUGGACCCAGAUGCUCCUUAUUACGGAUUAUCACGAGAACGGCUCGCUGCACGACUACCUUCAGACCGUCGUCCUCGACUCUAACUCCCUCAUGACGAUGACGUAUUCGAUAGUGAGCGGCCUCGCGCAUCUGCACAUGGACAUAUACGGCACGAAGGGCAAGCCGGCGAUCGCGCACCGCGACAUCAAGAGCAAGAACAUCCUCGUGAAGCGCAACGGGCAGUGCGCCAUCGCAGACUUCGGUCUGGCCGUGCGGUACGUCGCCGAGCGGAACGAGGUGGACAUCGCGCCCAACACGCGCGUGGGCACCCGCCGGUACAUGGCGCCCGAGGUGCUCGACGAGACGCUCGACGUCACAGACUUCGAGGCCUUCAAGAUGGCCGACAUGUACUCGCUCGGGCUCGUGCUGUGGGAGGUGUGUCGGCGCUGCGCCAGUGGGGACAAGGCGCAGCUCGUGGAGCCCUACGCGCUGCCGUACCAGGACGCGGUGCCGCCUGACCCUUCCUUCGAGGACAUGCACGCUGUGGUGGUGCGCGCCAACCUGCGGCCCGCCCUGCCGCCGCGCUGGAGACACUGCGACCGACUGGCGGCGCUGGGGGCGCUCAUGUCGGAGUGCUGGUCGGCCAGCCCCAGGGCGAGACUCUCCGCAUUACGCGUCAAGAAGACGCUCGCCAAAUAUCGCGCAGACACAGCGCUGAAGCUCGUGUGAGCUCCACCCCCCCAAUCCCCCCUCCCUCCGCUCCGACCGCCGAUUUCGUCAAAAUCUCAGUAUUUGUUAAGUUUGGGUCGCGGCUCUAAAACCCAGUGACGUUUCAUGCGAACUAGAACUAGUGUUUCCCGUUCUGUCUGGAAUCUCUCACCCGACUAGUGUCAUUCGGAUGUAGUUUUGUUCUAAAUAUUAUAUUUUAUUUUGUUACUGUUGUUUAGUGAGAGCUCGAGGUGAAGUCGUUGAUCCUUCGCGUGGAGGUCUGUUCGCCCUCGCAGCUCUACGAUAUAAAAUUAGUCUUCCGUUGGAAUUGUCUGCCGCUGGGCAGCUACGACGUGUAUAGUGUAUAUAGGGCCGCCGCGGGCCCCGCCCCCCGAUCCGAGAACGACUGUUUGUUGUGAUAUUUUUGACAAUAAGACGCAUUUAAUGAAGUGCCGGUUGUAAGCGUCAACGUUCUCAUCACCCGACGUCACCUGAACCGCGCGAGUCUCAGUAAAUUAUAAGUCACACGUUUAAUUAAGGUACAAAAAACAAGACAAUAAUCGAUUACAAGUAAGCGUCGUACUUCAAAGGGGCCAAACUAUUUGAUAGAAACACGCAUCAAGGAAAUAUUUUUUUAUUCCGAUGAGAAGGUAGACGCUUGUGAUGCGCGCGAGUUUGCCAUAGCGUCGCUCUGCAGGGACGAGUGCACCACUGGACUGUACUUAAUGUAAAAGACUAGAGUAUUAGUGUUGGAGUGAGUAUCUGUAUGCCUUCAGACUAGUAUUAAAUAUUAGGUUCCCGUUGCGCCGCUAAACAACGAAACCUACUCCGACCGAAAAACAUAGAGAAUUACUAGUAUACUUUGCAUAGAAUGAUUUAAUAAAAAUAAAAAGUUGAAGACAUAAGUGGAUGAAGGGAACAUGAUACAAUUUUUUACUUUUGAGAAAACGGGCAACAAACUUCUUUUAUUAUUUUACUUGUAUUUUUUUCUAUAAAAAUUGCUUUUAAGCCCGGAGAUUUAAGAUCUAAUAUGGUUUAUAGGCACACAAAACCUUCAUUCAAUGUAAAAUCUUAAAAAUCAUAAAAAUUAUACUUAACCCCUUUCAUCCACUCAUGUCGUCAAUUCAAUUCAACAAAUCGACUGAAGUUUAAUUUAAUAAAAUAUUUGUGAAAAACCACGUCGACGCUAUUAAAUAAUUGACGUUUGACGUUUGUAAAUGUCAUCAUAAAAAAUUAAGGAAAAGUUAAAUGUUGCACUCGGAGUUUGUAUCGAAGCGGCGCGCUUAGCAUUUAUUUUGUAAAUUGUUGUGUAAAUAUAGAUGGUAGCUAACAUAGAUAAACUUCAUGUUGAUAAUUAAGUUACGAAUAAAACAAUAAUAGAUUUA